AUGAUGUCUUAUCUUAAGCAACCGCCUUAUGCAGUCAAUGGGCUGAGUCUGACCACUUCGGGCAUGGACUUGCUGCACCCCUCGGUGGGCUACCCGGCCACCCCUCGGAAACAGCGGCGGGAGAGGACGACGUUCACCCGAGCGCAGCUAGAUGUGCUGGAAGCAUUGUUUGCUAAGACCCGAUACCCAGACAUCUUCAUGCGGGAGGAGGUGGCGCUGAAAAUCAACUUGCCUGAGUCCAGGGUACAGGUAUGGUUUAAGAAUCGAAGAGCUAAGUGCCGCCAACAGCAGCAGCAACAGCAGAACGGAGGUCAAAACAAAGUGAGACCUGCCAAAAAGAAGACAUCUCCUGCCCGGGAAGUGAGUUCAGAGAGUGGAACAAGUGGCCAAUUCACUCCCCCCUCUAGCACCUCAGUCCCAGCCAUUUCCAGCAGCAGUGCUCCUGUGUCUAUCUGGAGCCCAGCUUCCAUCUCCCCACUGUCAGAUCCCCUGUCCACCUCCUCUUCCUGCAUGCAGAGGUCCUAUCCCAUGACCUAUACUCAGGCUUCAGGUUAUAGUCAAGGAUAUGCUGGCUCAACUUCCUACUUUGGGGGCAUGGACUGUGGAUCUUAUUUGACCCCUAUGCAUCACCAGCUUCCUGGACCAGGGACCACACUCAGUCCCAUGGGUACCAAUGCAGUCACCAGCCAUCUCAAUCAGUCCCCAGCUUCUCUUUCCACCCAGGGAUAUGGAGCUUCAAGUUUGGGUUUUAACUCAACCACUGAUUGCUUGGAUUAUAAGGACCAAACUGCCUCCUGGAAGCUUAACUUCAAUGCUGACUGCUUGGAUUAUAAAGAUCAGACGUCUUCGUGGAAAUUCCAGGUUUUGUGA